CCUUAAAGUGAACAGAGGGGGCGUUGUCAUGAAGCAAGGCAUAGCCUACUGGAACUGGUGUUACAUUGUAGCUACAGAACAAGUGUUAGCUACCGAUAAGACAUAAACCUGUAUUGUGUACGUUAGAGCUGAACUUCAUGAGGCAGAAUCGUACAGGGGAAACUGACGGAACAUAUCUUUUUUUUUUUUUUUUAUCUCCAAAGUGGCUUAUCUUCAUGUUGUUUUGACCAUAGCUAUGGCAAUGACAAGCACAGUGGAAUUUUUUCGAGUUGACGGCAAAGGGAUCGUGUCGAUUUUCAAAAAAUAUUGUUGCAGCGUUAAUGUUAGCUAACGAAGUUGUCAGGGAGUUAACGUUAGCUCACGUCAGAAACAUUUGAAAUUGGCUGAAGGGAUGCGUAGGUUUUUGUAAACCCAUUGUUUACUCUACAAGUCUGACGGGCAUCUGUGGAAUUGGUUGUAUGAUUUGGGCAUUAUCUAACGUUACGUGUGUGAGAGAACCUUAGGACUUAGGAGCAUCGUAAAAGCCCGCAUGACGUUCUUGUCACCGUAUGUAUGAGCUUUCCUUGGAAAGGGUAGAGAGAUGCUCUCGCCAUCAAGAAAGGAAUCGGUAUCCUUAAACCUUAUCGAGCAGGGAAGAGGCUAUGCCAAUGGAAAGCAGUGGCGACGACAGUCAUGCUGGAGAAAAUGGAAACAGCUAUCGCGUUUACAGCGCAGCUUGAUCCUCUUCAUUGUGGUGUUGCUGUUGAUUUGUGGCGUCGCAACAUACCCCUCCCUAACAGAACGCUGGAAAGGAUUCUCAGACAGAGCUUUGAGGGAGGAAGUGGAGCUGAAGAAAGACAGCGGUCUGAAGCCCUUCGCCCAGGAGCUGCAGGAACAGCCUGGGCUCAUUCUGCCAGAGCCGCCCUCUGAGAGGAAGGUGCCCUACAAGCGGGGCCCGCCGCUGCUCCAGAACCGCCAGCAGAAGAAGGGGAACUCGUCAUCAGCCCUGCUGGCAGAAGGGAAGCCUGAGCCAAAGAAUGCACAGGAGGAGAAUGGGAAACCAGUUGUAAGUUGGCGUGGAGCCAUGAUUGAAGCGGACCAAGCGACAGAUUCUGCUGCUAAGGAGAGAGAGAACAAGGGCAAGGCUGAUGCAGAAGUAGAGGAUACAUCCUUCUUGGAACCAGAGUCAGUUCGACUGGAGGCAGUGAAGGAGGCAUUUAGGCACGCCUGGAAGGGAUACAAAGAGUUUGCCUGGGGUCACGACGAGCUAAAGCCACUCUCCAAGUCCUACGGAGAGUGGUUUGGCCUGGGCUUGACCCUGAUCGAUUCACUGGACACUAUGUGGAUCUUGGACCUAAAAGAAGAAUUUGAAGAAGCUAAGAAGUGGGUUGCGACAGAGCUUUCCUUCAACAAGAAUGUGGACGUUAAUCUGUUUGAGAGCACCAUCCGCAUCCUGGGCGGCCUGCUCAGCACGUACCAUCUGACGGGGGACUCGCUGUUUCUCGACAAAGCUAUUGACAUUGGAACCAGGUUGAUGCCAGCAUUCAACACACCUUCCAAAAUUCCAUACUCGGAUGUAAACAUUGGGGCAGGAACAGCCCACCCUCCCCGCUGGACGUCUGAUAGCACAGUCGCCGAGGUUACCAGCAUCCAGCUGGAGUUCCGAGAAUUGAGUCGCCUCACCAAGGAACCCCGAUACCAGAUGGCUGUGAACGAGGUCAUGAAGCGGGUGCACAAGCUGGAGGGCAAGCAGGACGGCCUGGUGCCCAUGUUCAUAAACACCAAUAGCGGGCAGUUCACCCACCUGGGCGUGUUCACGCUGGGCGCCCGCGCCGACAGCUACUACGAGUACCUGCUCAAGCAGUGGAUCCAGGGCGGCAAGAAGGAAACCGAGUUACUGGAGGACUACCUGCAGGCUUUGGAGGGGGUGAAGAAGCACCUUCUGAACCGUUCCUCUCCGUCUGGGUUCAUGUUUGUCGGGGAGCUCUCCCACGGCCACUUCAGCUCCAAAAUGGACCAUCUCGUUUGCUUCCUGCCCGGCACGCUGGCGCUGGGCCACCACCACGGCCUGCCAGCAGAGCACCUGGAGCUGGCCAAGCAGCUGAUGGAGGGCUGCUACCAGAUGUACGUCCAGAUGGAGACAGGCCUCAGCCCCGAGAUCGUCCAUUUCAACACGCACUCAGGCAGCGCUCAGGACAUCGAUGUCAAGAUUGCAGACAGACAUAACCUCCUGCGGCCGGAGACAGUGGAGAGCCUGUUCUACCUGUACAGGUUCACCAAGGACAAGAAGUACCAGAGAUGGGGAUGGGAAAUCCUCCAGAACUUCAAUAAGUAUACUAGAGUUCCUACAGGUGGCUACACUUCUAUAAACAACGUCCGAGAUCCCGAGUACCCAAGUCCGCGGGACAAGAUGGAGAGCUUCUUCCUGGGAGAGACGCUGAAGUACCUCUACUUGCUGUUCUCCGACAACUUUGACCUCAUUAGCCUGGACAAAUACGUCUUCAACACCGAAGCCCACCUUCUGCCCAUCUGGCCUCAGACGGAGGGGGCGACGGUGAGCGUCUGAUGAGUGUGCGGGGGAGGGACCCUUACGAACUCUCACACCUCUAUCUCAGGGCUCAGACUGCACCACUGUUCCGCUUCUUUUUCUUUGUUUUGAUAACCUUGUUGCAAAACUGCCGUCUCAAUAGGGUUAUUGUUCUCUCUCUCUCUCUCUCUCUCUCUCUCUCUCUCUGGGAUUAAUGCCUCAUGUAAUAGAGUAAAUACAAAAUAAUGGAUAAUGGAUCUCAAGCAGUUUUAAGUGCUACACUUGUGGAAGUUUAUCAUGCUGUGGUUUGUGUAAGUUGUCAUGUUGUCAUUGGGCCUAUAGCUGAGAGGUGCUAACUACAGGCAGUAGGCUGCAGUUUCUCCUCUUUCUGGUAGAAGUAAGGCUGGUGCAUCCGGUUAGUGGAAGACUAGAAGAGUCAUGAAGUCCUAGAGGUGUCGGCCGGGUGGAAAGCCGACCCAAUCACAAUACUUUCCAGCCAUCCGUUAGAACAUGGGCUCUGAUUUCAAAUGACCACGGGAAGCCAAAUGAUGUUUUUUUUUUUACUGUGAAAUCUGUUUUCUACUAAGCCUAUAUGCACCAGGUGAUUGUGUUCGGGCGUGGUGUUGAGUUUGAGGGAUGUGCUGCUAUCUCAUUUGUGUGAACCCAAAUGUGCUUUUCUGUUGUUGUCUGUCCAUGUUUGUCCAUCUGAUGGUGUAGCGGACAUUUGUGUGGUUUCGUUUUAGUACACAGUAUUUAAGACUUUACAUUCCUUAAUGUCGUUGAUUCGAUUUUGACAGACGUAUUUAUUUCUGUAUCAAGAUGAGUAAUGUUUUCCACCAUUCACUGCCAUUCCUGUGAUUACUUAAACUCAGUCUGUGGAUCGACUAUUAUUUUUUUCUGGUGCCGUUUUGAUGUGUAUGUGUAUAUCAAUCCAUAGCUAUAUUUUCCCCCAAGAGUUACUACUUUUUAGAGACCAUAUCAACCUAAGAGUUCUAUUUCAAAUCAUGAAUGUCUUCUCAGUACAAAGUACAGGGAAUGUUAUCUAUUUUCUUUCUGUAUUGUGUGAUUCGAUGUUGUCUAGCUUGUUGCUUUCCUGGAAUUUAGAAUUUCAGCUUCAAAGUUUGUACUAGAUGAAAACUGGAAAUGAAUCUCAGACGCCGUCAACAGCACAUUCUGUCUUUCGAGGUGGUGAGACAUUUCUGUUUAAUAGGGUUGUUUGUUUUUGAAUGUUUAAAUUUGACAUGUACUCUUUCAUGGAGAAAAGGAUAUAAAGAUGGUAAUCAGGUUUGGGUAUACAGCUUGAUGCGGCUUUUAGGUAGUUCCCAGAGGAUGAUUUAAAAUGUUUAAUUUAUUACAGCUGUAGCUGUAAGGGCUAAGCUACUAGUCCAUAUCUCCUAUGACUGAUCUAACUGAGAACAUGUUACACUUGUGCCUUUCACAAAAUUCUAAGCAGCAUUGGAAGAUAUUCCGUAUGGGAACCAUUGUCAAAAGUUGUAUGUAUAUUUUGACUGUUAUAAUUUAAAAUAACAUUUUUAUCAGAACACAGACUGAUUUAUGAAUUGUUUGCUACAAAUAUUCAAUAUAAAGAAUUCCGAUUCAGGGUGGGACACAAAACCUUAAGAUUCCAGAUAGGCAUUGUGAACUGAAGGGAGAUAUUCAGUUGCGAAUGACUCCAAGUAAGAAGUCAUUUUUUUUAUUAAUCAAAGCAUUUUUUUAGUCCACUGACCAACACUGCAAAAGUAUAAUAUAUUUGACUCUUGACAUAUCUGUUAAAAAAAAAAGUUCCUCUUGGGUAUAUUUUUCAAUGUUAGAAUCACUGUACUUUUUUAAUGUUUGUUACAUUGAGGAAAAAACUUAAAAACACACAUAUUCAAGGGCUUCUUCUCUGCCUUCUCUGUAACUACAUUAAUGAUGAAUUUGUGUACGAGGCCGACGAGUCCAUCAUUUCAUUAGUCAGAAACCAGAUGUGCCCAGACAUUCUUUCCUUGUUUAUUUUCAAAUGAUUGCCAGUUAAUUCAUUUGCUAAAGGAAGAAACAUUUCAUUCUUUGAGCUGUCUACCAGAGUAAUGUCUACCAGAGAAAUUGUUUCCCUCAUGCUGAUUGUAAUAUUAAUGUAAUUUGGUAACUUUAAUAUGAGGUUGUUUGUGCCUCUGGGAGAAGAGACCCUGGGUUUGGUGUCUUGUAUUUUUAUGUUAUAUCAGCUUUGUAUGAAGCUGUGUACAUAUCAAAUGUUUUAUGUCAAGAAAUGAAUAAAAAGGAACCCUUACGCUUU